AUGAUGAGCCCCCCAUGUAUGAAAAGCCUGCUGUUUCUCAUGUCCACCGUGUGCCUUUGCUGCAGCCACUCCUCAUUGUCUUCACUGCGUUUCUCUGCAUUCCUGGACCCUUCACACCAGAUCUACCUCCAGUGGGACCACGAUGAUGAAGAUGCCAUGAUGACUUUUGAGCUUCAAGUCCAGUCAACGGGAUGGGUGGCUUUUGGCUUCACCAUUGAUAAAAAGAUGCCUGGGGCAGACUUUGUGAUUGGUGGAGCCCUUCCCGAUGGCAACGUCUAUUUCUCGGACUGGCAUGCUGUGAAUCAUGAAACCAUUUUGGAGGAUGAAAGCCAAGACUACGAGUUGCUGUCACUGACCGAGGACAGGACUUCCACCACCAUAGCAUUCAGGCGACAUCUCCGGACAUGUGAUGAACAUGACAUGGACAUCACGAAUGACACGCUACGACUGAUGGCAGCUUAUGGCACAGAUGACACCAUUGACUUUUUCAAAGGAAAAAUAAUCUACAAAUCUCUUUUCUUGAUGAUGCUUUACAAUGAAGAAGAUUUGCACAUGCCCAGUGUCUACCACGUGUAUGAUCUGAAACUAAACGAUUUCCCCAUCCCAGUGGAUGAGACCACCUACGCCUGCACUUUCAUUCCACUGCCCAUAGUCAAGACAAAGCAUCACAUCUAUAAGUUUGAGCCCGUGAUCACACCCCGGAACGAAACCAUGGUACACCACAUCCUGGUUUACGCCUGUGGCAAUGCAAGUGUGCUGCCUCAUGGUGUCAGUGACUGCUAUGGAGGAGAUCCCGAUUUUGCCCUGUGCUCCCAAAUUCUGGUGGGCUGGGCCGUAGGCGGAGUGUCCUACAGUUUCCCAGAUGAAACAGGGAUCUCCAUAGGUACACCAAGGGAUGCCCAGUGGAUCCGAUUAGAAGUCCACUACAGCAAUUUUAACUUAAUUCCAGGCUUAAUUGACAACUCGGGGAUACGCCUCUACUUCACCCCGGAGCUGCGUCCUUACGACAUGGGGGUGCUACAAACCGGAAUCUUCACCUUUCCUAUCCAUUUCAUCCCUCCUGGAGCCGAUUCUUUCAUGUCCUACGGCAUCUGCAAUACCAGUUGUUUUGAAGAGAUGAAUGGGGCUCCAGUGCCUGAUAUGCAUGUAUUUGGUUACUUGCUGCACACCCACUUGGCUGGACGGGGUGUAAGAGGUGUCCAAUACCGGAAUGGAGAACAGCUGAGAGUCCUCUGUGAAGACAAUAAAUAUGAUUUCAAUCUCCAGGAGACAAGAGCCUUGAAAGAGGUCAUCGUUCUGAAACCUGGAGAUGAGUUCCUUGUGGAAUGCCACUAUCAAACCCUGGAUCGGACAGGGCUGACCUUUGGAGGGCCAAGCACCCUAAAUGAAAUGUGCCUGGUGUUCCUCUUCUACUACCCUCGCAACUUCAUCUCCAGCUGCCAGGGUUAUCCAAACAUUCAACAAGUUGCGCAAAACCUUGGCCAAGAGGCCGCAGAUGCAAUGGAAGGAAUGAUGGCCAUUAACAUGGUGGAAUGGGACAACGAGACCAUCAAGCAGGCAGAGAAAGCAUGCAAGGAAGCAGACCAGAUUAUCUUAAUUAAAACAAUCGAUGAGGUGCUGAAAAAUGAAACAAGCUUCAUUCGAGAUAUUGUUCUUCCCGAACCCCUACCCUGCAGGGACAUUUCUAGAACCAUGCCUGCACCUCGGCCAAAACGGCAAGCCAAGAACCAGGCAGCUUCAACAGCGGCUUCCAAAGCUCCCAGCCCAAAGGACAUUUGUCCUCUUCCUGCCCUGCUCUUCAUACCUUUGGGUUUUGCUUGGUUUCUUACCGCCUAUCAGUGCAGACUCUGA